UUUGCCUCUACAGUCUAUUCUAUAUAUGCAUGUUUGAUUGGCGUCAUGCUUGUGGAUUAUAUCUUUAGAGUUACUAAAUAAUUGAUUGAACAUUCCAUAGCUACCAACUGCCAAAUGGAGUGCAAUUUGAAAAUACUUUUGAUUUUCAUCUGGUUCUUGCCUGUCGCUCAGCCAACAACGCAACAUGGAGAAUUAUGUGUUACUAAAUGGAAGAACGGUCAUUUUGUAACCGAAGGUUCCUGUGAAAGUCCAACUAGCAAUGACAUCGUCAAGCAUCUAAAACAAAGAGUAUACCAAAAUACUUGGUAUGUGGCAACCAAUAAUUUUUCCUAUAAACUGUUCCACGAUACGGUGCCGUAUGAAACUGCCCAAUACGAAUGUCAGACAAGGGGUGCCAGCCUCGCUGCCGCUGGUAUCCGGGAUCCUGCAGUGCGCAGGUAAUGGUUUAAAAUAUCUACCAAAUUAGUUUUUUGUACAAAAUAAUUGUAUAUAUACGUAGCCUAUAUACUAGUGAUUUAUUGUAUAAUAUGUUUGUGCAAAACAUUUAGUUUCGUAGAUUAGUCAAUUCUAUAGGAAGAGGAUGUCGUAUUUUAGUUUAUUUCGACACCUUCAUUAAACGAUUUCCUGUUGAACGUAGUAGUCGAUGUGUAAAAUGUAAUAAUAGCUAUAUGUAUUUGAAAGUGGAAUUGUUUACAACUGUUUAACAACAGUUUCUCUACUCUGUUUGGGUUCUGAGCUUGGGCGCGUCAAACCUAUAUGCUGCUCGGGGCGUGUUUCUGAUAAUAAUGUCCCUUAUACCUAAUUUUAAAUAUAAUUCGGAGGAUAAACAAAUUAUAGAUGUAGUUAUACAUGAGAAUAAAUAACUUAAAGGUCAAGUAAGAGUGAAAUGUUUAUAUUAUUAUUAUUUAAAUCAUCUAACUAAGCAACAAAUCCUAAGACGUACUGCCCGUGGUGGAUGCCUCUA